AUGUCCAGCUCGAAUAUCCACGUCGUCGAGCAUCCGCUCAUCUCGCACCACCUCGCCAACUUGCGUCUGGCCGACACCUCACCAAAAGAAUUCCGGUCGUUGGUCAAGAACAUCUCGUCGGUGCUGUGUAUCGAAGCGACCCGCUCGCUGCCCGUCAAGGGCGUUCAGGGCCAGGGCCCGCUGGCGACGUUUCAAGGCGAGCAGCUGGCGCCCCGCAUUGGACUCGUGCCGAUUCUGCGUGCAGGUCUGGGCAUGACCGAAGCGUGCCUGGAGCUGUUGCCAGAAAACACGUCGGUGCUGCACAUCGGCCUCUUCCGCGAAAAGGUCUCGCUCCAGCCAGUCGAGUACUACAACAAGCUGCCCGUAUCGCCCACGGUAGAUCAAGUCAUCAUCCUCGAUCCACUCAUUGCCACGGGUGGCACUGCUGUCGCGUGUAUUCAGAUGAUCCUCGACUGGGGCAUUCCGGUGGACAAGAUCAAGUUCCUCUGCGUGCUCGCCUCGCAAAAGGGUCUCGAGCACGUAACGGAAUCCGUGCCUGGGCUCGAGAUCUGGGUGGGCCACGUCGACCCCGAGCUGAGCGAAAAGGGUCUCAUCCUCCCAGGCCUCGGCGACACGGGCGACCGCAUGUUCGACACGCUCACCUAG